AAACUCACAUGGGGAUAUAGCAUAACAAAGCAGAGAAUCAAACCCUUCAGAAACAGAGAUGAGCAGUGAGGGCUGGACUAAUUUGUAGAUUGCCUUGCAGAAGUAUGUCCUGGGCCAGACUCUGUGAGGCUGGCGUGAAAGAAUGCCUGAUUUUGAAAAGUUAUAAGAUGGUGGACAACAGAUGGGUGUAGGCAGAGGAGCACGGGGAAAUGGUGUGGUAUUGUUGGCCAAAGAGUUCUUACUGCUUUGGUUAGCUUGGUCCAAGUGAAUAUUUUUUGGAUAUUGUGGUGAAGGAAGCUUUAUGGAAGGAGCUGAAGGACAGUGAGGUGGCUUUGUGGGUUUUUAGGAGGAACAUGCCACAGGUGUGUGGGUAAAGAAAAUGGGGGUGUGCUUGCUCUGAACACUGACAUCCUGUGCUGAGCAAAGCACUUCAACUCUGAGACCAAAGGCAGGCUGAGGAGGAGCUGUGACGUACUGAAAGCCAAGACAAAUGAUGGGACAGAGCGUUGAAUAGGAAGGUGUCACAGGCAAGUGGUACCCUUGGCACCAGCACUCCAGGGGGUAUAAACAAGGCCAGAGGACACCUGUGCCAGUGAGCAGAAAGAAGAAUCACAUGAGCACUCUGGAUGGAGAUGGGAUAAGGGAGUGACUGCUCCAUUCACUAUUUUUUUAUCCAUUGCAUCAGAUUGCUGCUCUCAUCAGCAGUGUAUUUGUUCUGGAUCAGAGGACUUAGAACUAAGGGUAGCUUUAUUUACAAAAACAAGUAUAUUUAAUCAAACAAGCCAGUAAUAAUUAACUAAUGAGUCGGACAUUGAACUUUUCUUUGGUAUUGAUGGUGAUGUUCAUGAGCAAUUACUCAUGUAUCACCCUUGACUUCUGAGUUAUUUACUAACUCCAUGAACAAUGAGAUGACAGAAUCCUUGUAGUCACUCUACUGUCCCCUUUUACCUACUGCUCCCCAAGACAUGCAUGUGAUAAAGCAAAUUCAAUUCCAGCCUUACAGUAGCACCAUCCCCACCUGCCCCCACAGCUCCACCUUUCUAAGCAGCAAGGUGAUGAUUUAGUAGCAGUCACCCUCCUCAGGAAUGGUCCUCUGGCUGUCUCAGAUGUUGAAGGCUGCCUUUGAAAUAAGAUUCAAAGUCUCUUUGAGUUUAGUGGUCAGCCAGCUGCAAUAACAUGCAGGCAAUGCAGAGAUGUGGGAAAGGAAGAAGCAAAAGGAAGAGCUGGGAAAGUCUCCAAACUCUGCAAGUCAGAAGUUGGUAAAUGGAACCCAUAUCCUGGGGAUUCAGAAAGACCACUGCAGCGUGCAGCCAGCUCAGCUGCCAGAUGCUGCAAGUUCCAAGGCCUGGAGUGCUGCUGGUGUCCUGGGCCUCCUUACUGGGUGGUGCACGAGAAAAGGUACUGUUGUCUUUGAUUCCUGAGGGAACAAGCAGCCUUUGCUGAACUUUUUGGUGGCAUUCAGCAGGCUUGUUCUGUCAGGAGAGGUCUGCUGCACCAAAGCAGUGUCUUUAGUGGGUCCACAUGAACUUGUGUCUGUAGGUGUGCAGUGAGGAAGGCUGUGGUUUCUGAGCAAUGGCUGUGGUGUCCUGCAGUGACUGUGACAGUGGCUUCUCUGCAUCUCCCUUUUGAUCCCUUUCUUGGGUCUUCCUCUUCUCCCUUCCCCAGAGCCCAUGCAAUUUGUGAAGUCCUUUUGGUCACUACUUUGGCUUGUGGUGUUGUGCAAUAGCACCAAGUUAACAAUUAACUACUACAUGUCAUCAGGGAUUUUGUCCCAGCACCACUUGAGGGUGUGUGGGGACUUUUAUCCCAAGCAUCCACCCAGGACUCUCACAGCCAGGCAGAGCGAGGGGAAGGAUCCACCAUCUCUUCUCCCCUGAGCCAUGUCAGCAGCCCUGGAGGAGUUCUGUGGUUCCAUCUUUUGGAAUGCCUCCUACCUCAGUCGUCCGGAUGCUGACCUACCUGUGUGCUUCCAGCAGACUGUGCUGGUCUGGGUCCCCCUUGGCUUCUUCUGGAUUUUAGCUCCAUGGCAGCUCCUGCCCAUGUGCAAAUCCAGAGCCAAGAAAUCAUCUGUGACCAAACUCUACAUCAUCAAACAGGUGCUGGCUACCUUGCUGAUGCUGACAGCAGUGGCAGAGUUGGCCCUGGCAUUUGUAGAGGACACAGAGCAGGACCCCCUGCCAGCUGUCCAGUACACAAAUCCCAGCCUGUACAUCGCUACCUGGCUCCUGGUCCUGCUGAUCCACGAUGCACGACGCUUCUGCUUGUGCAGAGACUCAGGGAUACUUUUCUGCUUCUGGACGCUGUCCCUGCUCUGUGGGAUAUUGCCAUUUCAGUCACUCCUCCGGAGAGCCCUGCAGGCACCAAUCUCUGAUGUGCCACGGUUUGUCUUGUUCUUCAUUUCCUACGGGCUCCAGCUGCUGCUCUUCCUUGUCUCAGGCUUCUCAGACAUCGCCCCAGAAACAAAGGAAAUCACGAAGAAGAACCCAGAGGUGACAGCCUCCUUCCUGAGCUCCAUCACCUUCGAAUGGUACACCAGCAUGGUUUUCAAGGGCUAUCGCAAACCCUUGGAGAUAGAGGAUAUCUGGGAAUUGAAAGGUAAAGACAAGAUACAGGCUAUUUACACUGUUUGGGAGAAGAACAUGAAGACUGCAGUGAGAAAGGCCCAAGCAGAACUGGAGAAACGGAAACGCAAGAAAAGACGCCAGAAAACUGACCCAGACCAUGGGAACAACAUGAGCAAAGCCCAGAGCCAAGACAUCCUGGUGCUGGAGGAGAAACAGCCAAAGAGGAAGAAGAAGGGGGACAAAGGGGACUCUGGCCCUCGCAAGGAUUUGCCCAGGGGCUGGUUGGUGAAAACUCUGUGCAAGACAUUCUGGCAGAACCUCCUGCUAUCGGUGGCUUUCAAGCUGGUGCAUGAUGGACUUGUGUUUGUCAGCCCCCAGCUGCUGAAGCUGCUGAUCGCCUUUGUGUCAGAUGAGGAGUCCUUUGCCUGGCAAGGCUAUCUGUACACCAUCCUGCUCUUCCUGACGGCACUGAUCCAGUCCCUCUGCCUGCAACAGUACUUCAGCUUGUGCUUCCAGCUUGGUAUAAAAGUGCGUGCGAGUCUCAUCGCUGCCAUCUACAAGAAGGCACUCACUAUGUCCAGUGCCACCCGCAAGGAGUCCACUGUGGGGGAGACUGUGAAUCUGAUGUCAGCUGAUGCCCAGAGGUUCAUGGACAUGGCCAACUUCAUUCACCAGCUGUGGUCAUCCCCCCUGCAAAUUAUCCUGUCCAUCGUCUUCCUCUGGGGAGAGCUGGGCCCCUCUGUCCUGGCUGGCAUUGCAGUCAUGGUGCUGCUGAUCCCCAUAAAUGCGUUCCUGGUUGCCAAGUCCAAAACCAUCCAGGUGAGGAAUAUGAAGAACAAGGAUGAACGCAUGAAAAUAAUGAGUGAAAUCCUCAAUGGAAUCAAGAUCCUGAAGCUUUUUGCCUGGGAACCCUCAUUUGAGAAGCGAGUCAAUGAGAUCCGGGCACGUGAGCUCAAGGACUUGGUGAACUUCAGUUAUCUGCAGUCAAUCUCUAUCUUUGUGUUCAUGUGUGCCCCCUUUCUGGUCUCCUUGGCCAGCUUUGCUGUCUACGUGCUGGUGGAUGAGAACAACAUCCUGGAUGCACAGAAGGCCUUUACUGCCAUCUCCCUUUUCAAUGUGCUGCGCUUCCCCAUGGCCAUGCUGCCCUUGGUCCUCUCUUCCCUGGUGCAGACCAAUGUGUCAACUGUGAGGCUGGAGCGCUACCUGGGUGGAGAUGAUCUGGACUCCUCAGCUAUCCACCACAACCCCAUUGCAGGCAGUGCUGUGCUUUUCUCGGAGGCCACCUUUGCCUGGGAGCAGGACGGCAAUGCUGCGAUAAGAGAUGUUACCCUGGACAUCGCACCUGGGAGCCUGGUGGCGGUAGUGGGGGCUGUGGGCUCAGGAAAAUCUUCACUGGUGUCAGCCAUGCUCGGGGAGAUGGAGAACAUCAAGGGACACAUCAACAUCCAGGGCUCCCUGGCCUAUGUCCCCCAACAGGCCUGGAUCCAGAAUGCCACACUGAAAGACAACAUCCUUUUUGGGUCAGAACUGGAUGAAGCCAGGUAUCAGCAGGUCAUCAAAGCCUGUGCCCUCCUUCCAGACCUGGAAUUGCUGCCUGCAGGUGACCAGACAGAGAUUGGAGAGAAGGGCAUUAAUCUGAGCGGAGGCCAGAAGCAGAGAGUCAGCCUGGCCCGGGCAGUGUACAGCAACGCAGACAUCUACGUCCUGGAUGACCCAUUGUCUGCUGUAGAUGCUCACGUUGGCAAGUACCUCUUCAAGCAUGUGCUGGGGCCUAAAGGGCUGCUGCAAAAGAAGACACGGAUCUUGGUGACGCACAGUAUCAGUUUCCUGCCCCAGGUUGAUAACAUCGUGGUGCUAGUGGCAGGAGCAGUGUCUGAGCAUGGCUCCUACAGCACCCUACUUGCAAACAGGGGGGCCUUUGCCCAGUUCCUGAACUUGUAUGGCAGCCAGGAGGAGGAUGCUUCAGACAAAAAUACCACAGCUGUUGCUUUACCUGGGGAUGAAGAGCAGGAUGAUGAAGACAUUGAGCCUAUUGUGGAGGAGAGCCUUGAUGAUGUGGUGACCAUGACCCUGAAGCGAGAGGCCAGCAUUCGUCAAAGAGAGUUCAGUCGCAGCCUUAGUAAAAGCAGCACAAAUUCCUGGAAGAAGGCCCAGGAAGAGUCCCACAAGAAGCUGAAGGGAGAGCAACUGAUUGAGAAAGAAGCUGUGGAAACUGGCAAGGUGAAGUUCUCCAUGUACCUGCGGUACCUGCAUGCUGUUGGCUUGUGUUAUUCUUUCUGGGUUGCCAUGGGCUAUGUUGGACAGUAUGCUGCCUUUGUGGGGACCAACCUGUGGCUCAGCGCCUGGACUGACGAUGCGGAGCGCUAUCUGAACCAGACCUAUCCCGUGGAGCAGCGAGACCUGCGGAUUGGUGUCUUUGGGGCUCUGGGGUUGUUACAAGCUCUCUUCCUGCUCUUUGCCACCCUCCUGUCUGCUCGUGGUGCCAUGCGAGCCUCCCGGGUUAUGCAUCAACAACUGCUCAGCAACAUCCUGCGUGUGCCCAUGAGCUUUUUUGACACAACCCCAACUGGCCGUAUUGUGAAUAGGUUUGCCAAGGACAUCUUCACAAUAGAUGAGACCAUUCCCAUGUCCUUCCGCAGCUGGCUCUCCUGUUUCAUGGCCAUCAUUAGCACAUUGCUCAUGAUCUCCCUGGCUACCCCAUUCUUUGCUCUCAUUAUCAUUCCCUUGAGCAUCUUCUACUAUUUUGUGCUGCGCUUCUAUGUCUCCACAUCACGCCAGCUACGGCGUCUGGACUCAGUCACCAGGUCUCCUAUCUACUCCCACUUUGGUGAGACAGUGUCAGGUCUUUCUGUGAUCCGGGCCUAUGGACACCAACAAAGGUUCCUGAAGCAAAAUGAGAGCACCAUGGACAUAAAUCAGAAAAGUGUUCACUCCUGGAUAGUCUCAAACAGGUGGCUGGCCAUCCGUCUGGAGUUCGUUGGGAGCCUGGUGGUCGUCUUCUCUGCGCUUCUAGCAGUGAUUUCAAAGGGCACUUUGGAGGGCGGCAUCGUUGGUCUUUCUGUCUCCUCUGCCCUCAAUGUGACCCAGACACUGAAUUGGCUGGUGCGGAUGUCUUCAGAGCUGGAGACGAACAUUGUGGCUGUGGAGCGGGUACAUGAGUACACGAAGGUGAAGAAUGAGGCUCCGUGGGUGACAGAAAAGCGUCCACCCCGUGGCUGGCCCAGCAAAGGAGAGAUCCAGUUCGUCGACUAUAAAGUUCGUUACCGACCUGAACUGGAGCUGGUUCUUCAGGGGAUCUCCUGCAAUAUUGCGGGCACUGAGAAGGUUGGGGUUGUGGGCCGGACAGGGGCUGGAAAAUCUUCCCUCACCAACUGCCUCUUCCGGGUGCUGGAGGCUGCUGGAGGGUCCAUCAUCAUUGAUGAUGUGGAUAUAGCGACUAUCGGCCUCCAUGACCUGCGGCAGAACCUCACCAUCAUCCCGCAGGACCCCGUGCUCUUUACUGGCACCCUGAGAAUGAACCUGGACCCCUUUGACCAGUACACAGACGAGGAGGUCUGGAAGGCCCUCGAGCUGGCCCACCUGAAGACAUACGUGCAAGACCUUCCUGAGGGGCUGCUGCAUCUUGUGAGCGAGGGAGGGGAGAACCUGAGUGUUGGGCAGAGGCAGCUGGUGUGCCUGGCCCGGGCUGUUCUCCGCAAAGCCAAGAUCCUCAUCCUGGAUGAAGCAACAGCAGCUGUAGAUCUGGAAACAGAUAAUUUAAUCCAGACAACAAUCCGGAGCAAGUUUGCUGACUGCACUGUCCUCACCAUCGCCCACCGCCUCCACACCAUCAUGGACAGCAACAGGGUGAUGGUGCUCCAGGCUGGGAGGAUUGUGGAAUACGACAGCCCUGAGGAGCUGCUCAAGAAGCAGGGCACCUUCUCUGCCAUGGCAAAGGACGCUGGCAUCGUGAAUACAGAAACCACCACACUGUAGGUGGAGCAGAGCAGCGUGCAGGUGUGUGCACAGGCACCUCCCUCCCACUGGCACUCACCAAGCAGGCACCGGCAUCUCCCUGCAGCCAGGCUGCCCAGGAAUUUGUGUCUCUGCAGCCAGGAAGAGGAGAGGGUGGCUUCUCUGGCUGUCAGGGACCGAGGAUCUAGACUUGAGUGAGCUGUUAACCCUGUUACUACGCCCUGCCUGCUGUGAACACAAGGGUCUGAAACUGCUAAUUUAUUCCAGCAUAGAGGGGAAAAGUUAUCAACCAGGCAGGGAGACCAUUACCCCCUUAGGGGGUCUUAAGUUUUUGUAUAAAGUUUUGUUCACCUUGUCAGGGGAACCUAGCUGAGAGAUGCCUUAGCACUAUGGAAUGAAAUUUACAGUUUAAUCUGAGUGAAUGUUAUAAUUUAUUUACUUUUUGUAACUGUUUCUAAUCUUCCAACUAAAAAUCUGACUUUAAGACAUGCUAAAUCAGCCUUGAUUUAGCUUUAAACCUGGUUAGUGUUGGGGGAAGCUGGUAACACAUGGUAUGCAGACACACAUAGGCACAGAGUCCAAAUGGAAUGGCACAGCCAUACCCAGACAUGAUCACUACUCUUUGGCUGUGGAGGUGGAGCCAAGGCCUUCCCGUCUUCCCUACUGCUCCUUUGGGUUGUAGUGCAAACACACGAGGCAGUCCCUGGGGCUACCCUAACCGGUAGUGGGACAGCUUUUGGGCUGUGGCUCCAGACUACAAACCUGAUUGUGGUGGAGUCAAGCUGGAGAGGUGCAGGCACACGUGCCUGCUACACUGACAUGCACACACACAAAAUAGGGUGGUUACUGUUCACAAACUCUUCUUUGUUCCUGGGCAUGGAAGCUAGGAGCUGCAGCCCUGACCCUGGCUGCUGGGUCACAAUGCACACUGCCUACCCCUCACAGCUGGGCAGACCCCCUCACCCCAGCGUGGUGGUGGGAGGGACACAAGCCCCCCACAGCCCCAGCAAGAGGAAAAGACUGGUGCAAUCACUUCAUCUUAAUGAAGAACUUUCUUGUGAGGGUUUCUGAGUGCCUGAGCUGCAGCUGGCUCAAACACCAAGGCAGAAGCAUGCAGGACC